AUGACCCCUCGCACCCCGGCCCAAGGUCCCGAGCAGCAGGAUGAUCCGCAGGACCACCCUCGGGGCGCGGAAAGCUAUCCGCACGAUGGACAGGAUCACCCGCGGCAGGGGCAUUCCCGAGAGGGCCCUCUUCGACAAGGUUUCGUGCGACAAGGUUUCGCUCGAAAAGAAGAUUUCGCGGCCGAGGACUCUUCGCGGGAGGGUAUCGUGACAGUGCCGGACAUUAUUCGGAGCAACGUGUACGUGGACGGCACGGCGUGCGUGGGCAAGUCGAGUGCGUUAUUGCAGUUGAUGACGCACCCGCGCGUGGCGGACUUGAUUGAGUUUGGCGACUACCGUGAGGACGUCUUGCGUUUCCCGCUGUACCGACAGAAGUAUCGGAUGAAGUACGCUAACAAGUUGUAUUCUACGUGGUUGCUGAUUCGGUUGAAGAGCGGUCGUAUUUACGAUCGUUGUUUUUUGGCGGACUUUGUGUACGAAAUCAUCUUCGACAUUUUGACCGCGCAGACGAACGAGACGGGCCACUACCAGUUUGACGCGGACGGGCGGUUGGAGAAGCCGCGGGGCGAGGUGGGGCCGGACGGGUUGGAUGUGUCGACGUACGAGGACGCGCACGUCCGACGUUGCAUGGAAGUGGCUCUGGACCACUUGGAGCCGGCGAUUCAGGAGAUUUUGCGGACGAUGUGCGUGGUGGUUUGCGUGGACGGGGAUGUGGAGACAGUGAUGGCGCGAAUGGUGGCGCGGAACAACGGGAUUGACGUGCUGGACCCGCGUUACGUGUUGUAUCAGAAUGCGGCUUUUCGGUACGUCGCCGAGCGGUUUGGGUGGAUCACGCUGGAGAAGACGCGCGAGGAGUCGAUGACCAGCUACGUGCAACGGGUACACGAACAAGCAGUGGCCAGUUGGGAAAAAGUGAAGUGCCAAGGAGCCAGUCAGGAAUCUAGUUCCGCGCAGAGGCCAAGCGAUGUCCGGCAGGCGCGGUUCAGAACCGAGUGA